UUCGGCUACGCCGUGCGCGUGCUGGACGUGUUCCUGCUGGAGGGCCAGAAGGUGCUGUACCGCAUCGCCCUGGCCCUGCUGAAGCAGUUCGGGCUCUCGGCGGCCCCGGCCGGGCUGCAGGGCUCCGACGUCAAGGCGGAGCUGCAGGCUUUCGUGAGGAACAUCGCCCAGCACGUCACUGCGGACAAACUCCUGGAGAGAGCCUUCGGCAUCCGGCUCUUCUCCCGCAAGGAGAUCUGGCUGCUCCACAUGGCCAACAGGAAGGCCUUGGUGGAGAGGGGCAUCACCGUGGUGCAGAGAAGGCCGUCCUUCCACCUGGCCGUGGACAUGCAGAAGUUCAGCUCCAGCACGGUCACGGCGCAGGAGAUGCGCCUCGUCUGGUCCUGGAUCCCCGAGCGCUUCUCGCUCUUCCCCCCGCUGCUGCUCUUCUCCACCUCCGAGGACGGCUGCAGCCUGCAGAGGUUCUACAGGUGCUGUGAAGGCUACGAACCCACGGUGCUGCUCAUCAAAACCACCGAGGGGGAGGUGUGCGGGGCGUUUCUCUCCUCCGACUGGGCCGAGAGGAAGAAGAGCGGAGCCACAUCGGGCUUUUUUGGGACGGGAGAGUGCUUUGUGUUCACUGUGCGCCCCGAGGCAGAGAGGUACGAGUGGGUGCUCAUCCAGAAGCCGGAGCUGGCCAAGGCCGUGCCGCGCUCCCGGCAGCGCUCGCCUUCCCCCGCUCCCGAAUCCCUGCUCGGCUCCUCCCGGGACAGCCGCAGCUCCAGCCCCAGCCACCUGGCCGUGCCCUCGCCGCAGAGGAGAGGCCGCCUGUCCCCGUUCCUGGCCAUCAGGCACUUCCUCCUGCCCUCCAAAAGCGCCUCCAUGUUCAUGUCCGGCUCCCGGGACGGGAUCGUUAUCGGUGGAGGGGGAGGCCAAGCGCUGUCCCUGGACGCCAGCCUGCUCCGGGGACGCACGGAGCACUGCGAGACCUUCGACAACCCCCCGCUCUGCCAGGAGAACUUCCAGGUGCAGCUCUUGGAAGUGUGGGGCUUCCAAAACGCGUAGUUCCCGCGGGGACACCCCCGUGUGCCCCCCGCGGGCACGGGCACGGGGACCCCUCCCCGCGCUGGCCACCCCCGGCCGGGCUGUGGCCACCUGUGUGACGGCUCUGCUCUCCAUGGUCCCCUCCGUGGCCAGACCGGAUCGGAUCAGAGCAGAUCGGGCCAGAUGAGCCCUCGUGGUGCUGUGCAGAG